AUGGACACUCUGCAGCAGCCUCUCGUGCACCUCCAUCCACAGAGCCAGCGCACUCAGCAACCUGCACCCGCUCACUCGCCCUCGUCGUCGACCAACAAGUCCCCGCUCGCAUCGACCCCCUUCUUCCCAGGAUUCGACGCACUCUUGCGCACCACACACUCCCCAGAGACACACUCCACGCGCGCACACUCGCCUCCGAGCACCCAGCACACUCGCGCGACCCGUCCCCUCCCCGCAUCUCACGUCGCGCCCGCUCACGGCCUCACCUCGCUCGACGCGCAGCUCUACCCGCUCUACUCGCUCGCGCCCAGUGCACCCGAAGUCAGGGUCCUCACCGCAGCCGAGUUUGCAGGCAUCCACGACGACUACUCGCGCACUCAAGUCCCCGAGAACGAGCUGUUCCCCUGGUGCCAUGGAGGCGCAGACAUCCCGCACUCGCCUGCCGCGCACUACUUUGGAUUCCCGAGGGGCAAGGCGGCCGAGACGCCCAGCUACCGCGGCUUGACUGUCGUUCACGCGCCGCCUCUCCCCGCCCCGGCUCCGACGACCUCGCGCAGCCUCCUCCGCCGCGGCUUCACCUCGUCCUUCUCGUCCUGGUCGUCCUCCUCGAGCUCGUCCGCCACGCCUUCCUCCUCGAGCAGCUCGGGCUCUCCCUCCCCACCCCCUCCGGCAACCGCCACCUCACGCCUCGUCUCGUCCCUCGACGUUUCGGCCAUCCUCACGACCCACCCCUCCGGCCGCACGACUUUCGCCCUCCCCAGCCCCGCAAACUUCGAGACCGUCAACCUCCGCCACUUCCGCCUCCAAGCUGCCAAGUACGCCACGAUCAGCGAUGUCGUCGUCUAUGGCGAGAACGGGAUCGACGAGAGCGUCGUCGACACGGCGCGCAAGGUGCGCGAGGCGAUGGACCACGAGUUUGAGAGGCGCGGCGGGGUGGGCGUCAAGUACAACGUCUUUGUCAUCUCUGACCCGUUCACUGUCUUCGAGCGCAACCACCCCGCCCUCGUCGCGAUCGACUCGCACGGCUUCUCGCGCAACCGCCUCAACUUCUUCGAGCGCGAGCGCGAGGAGAUGCGCGUGUUGACCGUUGCGAGCGAGAUUGGCCCGAACGUCUGGCUCGGAAACACGCAAGACGUCCCGCAGGCCAAGACGCGCGCGCGCCCGCUCUCGUCCGACUCGAACUCGACCAUCCUCGACGACGGCAACCCUCUCUCGUUCGCGAUCUGCGUCGAGGCGCACGACAGCGCUCCGAUGAUCACCUCCGACGUGCUUGGCGAGGCUGAGCACUCGCUCAAUGUCCUCGAGGAACAGGGACAGGCUUUCGACGAGGUUGACCGCCUACUCGGGCCUGAGAACGAGGUCGUCGAGCAGAAAGUCACCGUCCUCCGCCCGCACGUCGACGACAUUGUCCACCUCGAGUCGCUCUCGACCCCCGCGGCGUUGGGCAACUCGUCGCGCGCCCAAACGGCCUUUGUCGCGCAACUGGUCGACCUCGCCCUGUGGAUUCGCUCGCAGUCCUCGCCAACCUCGACGUCGGAGGCAAGCCGCAUCCCGCGCCGCGUCCUCCUCCACUGCGGAGACGGCUACACCGAGACGUCUCUCCUCGCUCUCGCGUACGUCAUGCUCUCGCGCCGCUGCUCGGCGGCAGAAGCGUACCUCUGGCUCCAGCACGAGUGCGAGAGGAGCUUCUUCGUCUAUACUGUCGACCGCGAGACGAUCUUCAAGGUUGAGAGGCGCGUCAAGGAGGUGCUCGAGAAGGAGGACGAGGAGCAGAGGCUCGCGAGGAGGUGGGUUGCCGAGCAGCGUGCGGUCGCGGCCUUGGGGUUGCAGGGCGUGCUUGGUCACGGUGGCGGCGAGCAGGGCGACGACGAGCACACCGUGACGAUUCCAGGCGAGUUUGGACAGUUGUCCAGCGCCGGGAUGGGCCGCUCCGACUCGGGUUUCGUCGACUCGACGCCUGAGAACCCUCAGCAGCACCCGGGCGCCGGCCCCGUCCUCGACGACAAGACGUACGCCGCGCUCGAAGAGGAGGCGGAGCGCAUCGAGCUUGAGCUCGAGGAGCAGAGUGGCGCGCUCGUCAGGCGCGAGAUGAGGCGCGCGAGUCCCGAGACGGACGCGUGGUUCUUUGGACCGACAUUCGAGGGACACUUCCCGAGUCGUAUCUUGCCGUACCUUUACCUCGGCAACGUCAACCACGCUUCGAACGCGCUCAUGCUCAAGGCUCUCGGCAUCACGCACGUCGUCUCGCUCGGCGAGUCGGCGCUCCACCCGCCGCCCAAGUCGCUCACCGACCUCACCUCGCUCUUCCGCGGCAACUCGUCGAAUUCGCCUGCGACCAACUCGCUCUGGGUCGAAGAGCGCCUCGGCAACAUCGCCGUUCUCGACAUGAAGAACGUCGCGGACGACGGCAUCGACUCGAUCCGCCCUUGCAUCGACGAGGCGCUCGCGUUCAUCACGCAGGCGCGCGACCAGGGUGGCAAGAUCCUCGUCCACUGCAAGGUGGGCGUCAGUCGCUCGGCGUCGAUCGUCAUCGCCCACUUGAUGCACGACGUUGGCCUCGACCUCGCGAGCGCCUACCUCGUCACCCGCUCGCGCAGGCUCAACCUCCUCGUCCAGCCCAACUUGCCGUUCAUGGCCGCCCUCCACGCCUUCGAGGGCGAGCUCCUCGAGCAGCGCGAGCAGCAGCUCGCUGCCCGUCGCAACUCGGCUGCGUCGGCGUCGUCGGUCGGCAGCAAAAGCCUGUACGACGAGGACGACCUCGUCGAUUCGGUCCAGAACCUCGGUCGCGCCGGCCUCAAGCGCAGCAACCGCCUUCAUUUCAGCUUCCUCUGCGCCGAGAUCGCCCGCCUCAAUGAGCGCUUCCUCUGCUGA